UGCUUAUUUCUAGUUAAAAAAAAACGGCUAGCCAUGUUGGACCUUUUAAUAGCGGCAUCUCGAGAAAGUUCUUUAACUGAUUUGGACAUAAGAGAGGAAGUCGAUACUUUCAUGUUUGAAGGUCAUGAUACUAGAGCAGUGGGUAUAAUGUUUGCUUUGUUAUUAUUAGCUGAAGACAAAGAUGUUCAGGAACGUGUGAGAGUUGAAGUUAAUACCGUGAUGCAAGAGAACGGAGGGAAACUUACCAUGAAAUCAUUGCAAAAUUUAUCAUAUUUAGAAAGAUGUUUAAAAGAAGCGUUACGUUUAUAUCCCAGCAUGUUUUUAAUAUUACGCAAAACUGCGGAAGAUGUAAAAUUACAUUCAUAUGUCGUACCUGCUGGAACAAAUAUACAUCUUAAUAUUUACGGAGCACACAGAGAUCCUAAUUUUUGGCCAAAUCCAGAAAUAUUUGAUCCUGAUAGAUUCUUGCCCGAAAACAUACGAAAUCGUCAUCCUUAUUCCUACCUAUCAUUCAGAUAGAAGAUUAGA